GAACGAGAUGUCGUCAAUGCUGUUAUCCGUGGUCUCCCUGCUAAGUAUUCUUCAUUCAAACAAAACAUUCGUCUGCAUAAUAGCGACAUCACUCUCAAUUAACUCUCUGAUGGCCUACUUUUGAGGAAAUUAAUCUUGAGAUGGAGCAAAAAUUGAAUCUAGCCGAUUCUUCCUCUAGAGGGCCGCAUAAUGCGCUGCUUGCUACAAACGGUCGAGGCCAUGGUCGAGGAGGCUACCGCGAUCAGACGCACGUGACAAAAUAUGCACGAGGAGACAACAAGGAUAAGGUUGUUGUUGUUGGGGAAAUGAAGCUUGAAAAGAUGCUAAGCAUGAAAGGUGGCAAAGGAGAGGGUAGCUAUGUCAACAAUUCUGAAGCACAGGCAAAACAUGCAAGGUCAAUGGUCCCCCUCCUCAAGGAGACCCUAGACCUGGUCAAAUUGGGCCCGCCGGACCUCCCCUUUGUCGUCGCCGAUCUCGGCUGCUCCUGCGGCAGCAACACCAUCCAUGUCGUCGGCGUGAUAGUCAAGCACAUUGCCGGCCGCUACGAGUCCUCCGGCCAAGACCCGCCGGAGUUCUCCGCCUUCUUCUCCGACUUGCCCUCCAACGACUUCAACACCCUCUUCCAGCUUCUGCCGCCUCUUGCCAGCAGCGGCGGCGGCGGCAGCUUGGAAGAUUGCUUGUCGUCCACCACCCACCGUUCCUACUUCGCCGCCGGUGUUCCUGGGUCGUUUUACCGCCGUCUCUUCCCCAAGAUGUCCGUUGACUUUUUCUACUCGGCAUUUUCUUUGCACUGGCUAUCUCAGGUUCCGGAGAGCGUGGCGGAGGGCGGAGGGGCGGCGUACAACAAAGGGAGGAUUUUUAUCCACGGCGGAAAGGAGGCGGCGGCGAACGCAUACGGGAAGCAGUUCAAGAGUGACCUGGCAGGGUUCCUGAAGGCCAGGUCAGUGGAAAUGAAGAAGGGUGGGUCCAUGUUCCUGGUCUGCCUGGGGAGGACGUCCGUGGACCCCACUGACCAAGGUGGGGCCGGGCUUCUCUUUGGGACCCAUUACCAAGAUGCUUGGGAUGAUCUUGUCCAUGAGGGCUUAAUUACAAGCGAGAAAAGAGACAGGUUCAACAUUCCGGUGUACGCGCCGAGCCUCCAAGAUUUCAAGGAGGUGGUCGAAGCCGACGGCGCGUUCAAAAUAAACCAGCUGCAGCUGUUUAGAGGCGGCAGCCCGCUGGUGGUGAGCAACCCUGACGACGCGGCAGAGGUGGGACGCGCCUUCGCGAACAGCUGCCGGAGCGUGAGCGGAGUGCUGGUGGACGCCCACAUCGGCGAGAAGCUAGGGGAGGAGCUGUUUGUGCGGGUGGCGCGUCGAGCCACGAGCCACGCGAAGGAGAUCUUGGAACUGCUCCAGUUCUUUCACGUAGUGGCUUCUCUUUCGCUUGCCGCCACGUGUACGUAGGAGGACGACGUACGAGAAAAGCGUAUUUG